CACCCUAGACAAUUAAAAUUCACUCUCAAAAUGGGUCAAUUCGAAACUCGCCGAACAAGACAAUUUGGUUCAAUUGUCUCAAAAGGAUCAAAUUGUUCCGUUACAAUUUCUCAUCCAAACAACCCUUUAAUAGUAUUUCGGAUUGACUCGAUUUUAAGAUAAUUACAAUUGACUGAAAUGAAGGUAAAUAAUUCAAAUUGAGACAUUUUAAAUGAUUUUUUUGUAAAAUAAAAAAAACUUAGCAAAUUAUCUCUGUUUUUUUAAUUCAUCUGUCCAAAUUCCAAACAAACAAUGGUUCAUGAAACCGUACCGGAAAAAUCAGCGAUAAGAUAUUUUAUGGUAAAAUCGUGAUUUAACCGUAGUUCAACUGUUAGUAUCGUUAAAUACCGUCUAUCAGUUUAGCCUCCAAUAUUGAUAUUUUGUGGUUGAACCGUCGGUACGGUACGGUUUCGUGGACGAUGAAAAAACCAUACACAUCAUAUAGUGGUCUCACUACUAAUUGUCCGGUAGAUGGCACGCCACCUGGAAGGUCACUGCAUCACCACGUUACUUCUGGGGAAUUGAUCUAGAUUCUAGACUUGUUCAUUCAUUCAUUCGUUCUAUUUUUUUUUUUUUGGCGGAAAUCGUUCUUCAACCUAAAACAAAAUCGACAGGAAUUAACCUCCUCCGACCUCCGGCAGUUCUCUUACCUCACUGCCUCCUCCUCGGAAAAAAAUGUACAGAACCAUGGCCAAGCAGCUGUUUCGUGGCGCAAGAAGCCGCGUCUCCGGCACCGAUGUCCGUCUCAGGUUCCCAAACCCUCACAGUGUAAUUUCUCGUCGCACCUUUUCCCCUUCUCCUACGCCUCAUAACUCCGGUGAAAAUCCAAUCCCUCGCGUGUAUGUCGAUCUACCCAACUCCUCGGAGUCGACCGCGUCUCCCUCAUCAUCAUCUUCUGCCGGAUCAUCUUCCACAUCAUCAUCAGCCGAGGAAGGUCGGCGCCAUACGAGGGAUCGACCCCGAGGGGAGUACCAAGACGAGCAAGCUCGAGUGCUUCAGUCCGCUCUUCGUCACGUGUUAACGCUUGGAUGGACUGAAGAUGCAAUGAUGGCUGGAGCAAGGGAUGUUGGGGUGUCUCCUUCAAUUGUCGGGUCUUUCCCUCGAAAAGAUGCAGCCUUAGUUGAGUAUUUCAUGGAUGAUUGCUUGGAGAAGCUUAUCGAUAGAAUUGACUCUGGACUGGAGUUAAGCAACUUGUCACCCAGUGGGCGUAUCUCCAAGCUUAUCAGGAUUCGUCUGGAACUGCAAGCUCCCUACAUAUCAAAAUGGCCUCAGGCCCUCAGCAUUCAGGCACACCCAUUGAAUUUCCCUACAAGUUUUAAGCAACGAGCAGCACUUAUUGAUGAGAUCUGGCAUGCCUCUGGCGAUGAUGGUCAUGACAUAGAUUGGUAUGUGAAGCGCACAGUCCUUGGAGGGAUAUACUCAACAACAGAGAUCUAUAUGCUAACUGAUAGCUCACCAGAAUUUCGCGAUACAUGGGCAUUCUUGGACGAUCGAGUGAGAGAUGCCUUCGAUCUGAAAAAGACCAUUCAAGAGGCAACAUAUUUGGCAGAAGCUGUUGGUGCUGGAAUGGGGAACUCGUUUCAAGGAUUUGUCAAGAAAGUUCUUCAACGGUGAAGCCUAUGGGGGACAUUUGAGUUGAUCACUCGAUCUUCCCUCUGUUUUGACAUCUCCAGCAUUAUGACUGAUGAAAUGCCACAUGUAGUGUGGAUUGCCCCCUUGAGUACAUGACUUGCUAUUGUCUUCCUUCUCUAUUUCUUCAUUAAUUUCUGGUACAAGGUUAUGUCAUCGAGUACAGUUGAAUGAUAAAAUACACAUCACACAAAGAAUAAGUAAUGUCUGUCGUGAGUUGUGUAAGAACGUAAAGGCUCACAGCCAGUUCAGUUUCGGCUGCAAAUUAGGACUCUGUUCCAUUAGGGCUCAAGAUUCAAGAUGUAAGCACUACUACUAAACCCAGAGGGUUUUGAGAUAUUUCAGUGUAUUUUCACUAAUUGCUGAUGGGUACUUCAAGUUCAACGGGCUGGGUGGAUAGUGUAUAUCUAUUAUUCUAUCUAUUAUUGGGUCGAUAGUGUAUAUCUAUUAUUCUAUCUAAAGUAGUUUGGAUUUUUUUCAUAUCUAUAGCCACAUAAGGAUUGAGUUGAAAAUUAAAAUCAUGCCCAUGCUCGUUCGGGUUUCGGGUAUCUAUUGUUAUCCAUGGGUAAUAAUCUAUCUUUAUAACU